AUGGAAACUAAGAAAAUCAUAGCCAUAUGCCAAUCCGGAGGUGAAUUUGUGGCCGACAAAGAUAAUGGAUCGUUGUCUUACACCGGUGGGGAAGCUUAUGCUCUGAGCAUUGAUGAGAAGACACAGUUGAAAGAUUUCAAGCAAGAACUGUCUGAGAAUUUUCAAUGCAAUGUUGAUGGCAUGACGAUCAAGUAUUUUCUUCCUGGAAACAGAAAGACCCUUAUUACCAUAUCUAAAAAUAAGGACCUCCAGCGUAUGCUCAACUUCUUCAAGGAUUCUGACCAAGUUGAGGUCUUUGUAGCUGGUCCUCAGAAUGUGCCCAACAUGCCUGCUAGUAGAUCAAGCAGAACAACUGUGUCUGAGGCAAUGAUUCCUUCUGAUGAUCCUAUGGAUAUUAUGCAAGAUGAUGAUGCAAUUGUUUUGAAUGAGCCUAUUGAAACUACACAACUCAAAGUGACUCCAUUCAGCAAUGAAGAGAAGCAUAGGAGAGCAGCAACCCAGUGGGAGAACAUCAUCACUGACGAAGAAACUCAGGAUAACUGGCAUUGGUUCUUGUCAGAACUGAAAUCUACCUUUUCAACAUCAGAACAAAUUACUUUUGUCUCUGAUUUCCAGAAAGGUAUAAGAGAGUCAUUGCUUGAUAUAUUUGGCAAAGAGUGCUAUCAUGGUUAUUGUCUACGUUGUCUUGCUGAAAAACUUAAUAAAGAUGUGAAAGGACUUUCACAUGAUGCAAGACGUCUCUUGGUUCAAGAUUUAUAUGCUGCUGCUUACUCAGCAAAACUUGAGGCUUUUGAGCGCUGUCUUGAAAAUAUAAAAGCUAUAUCAGCUGAAGCUUAUGAUUGGGUCAUUGGGAGCGAACCCGAACACUGGUCUAAUGCAUUUUUUGGUGGUGCAAGAUACAACCAUAUGACAUCCAACUUUGGUCAACAGUUCUAUAGUUGGGUAUCCGAGGUGGAUGGGUUUCCAAUAACUCAGAUGGUUGAUGUAUUGCGUGGUAAGAUUAUGGAGUUGAUGUAUAGAAGACGACUUGAAUCCAGUCAUUGGGUUACGAGGUUGACACCUUGUAUGGAGGACAAGCUUCAGAAUGAGACGGCUAAAGCACAAUCCCUCCAAGUAUUACAAUCAAUUGGAAAUGGCACAUUUGAGGUUCGUGGUGAAUCUGUUGUUGACUUGGUUGAUGUCGAUAAAUGGGACUGUAGUUGUAAGGGAUGGCAGCUUACUGGAUUACCUUGCUCCCAUGCUAUUGCUGUUUUUGAAUGCGUUGGUAGGACCCCAUACGAUUAUUGCUCCAGAUAUUUCAUGACUGACACUUACCGCUCAACUUACUUGGAGUCAAUCAACCCAAUACCAAACGUGGAGAAACCAGAAAAAAGUGAAGUUUUUGUUACUCCUCCUCCUACUAAACGACGAGUUAAACCAAAGAUUAAACCAGUUGAACUUAUGGAUAGCAUUAAACGCCAGCUCCAGUGUCGCAGGUGCAAGGGCCUGGGCCACAAUACGCGAACAUGCGACAAAGUGAACAACAACUUGCUUGAAGAAGAAGCGCAUACCCUUACCCCACUUUUGACAGGGAUGACCACCGAUGAACCUACUGAUGGAGGCAGCAUUUGA